AUGUUUUCAGUGUCUUACGUGAAGGCCAUCGACAUCUGGAUGGCCGUGUGUCUCCUCUUCGUCUUCUCGGCGCUGCUGGAGUACGCCGCUGUCAACUUCGUGUCGCGGCAACACAAAGAGCUGCUGAGAUUCAGACGGGGCCACAAGAGCAAGAGCAAGAGCGGCGGAGGCGCCGUCGACCCCGAGGAGCUCGCCGCUUCGCUCCGUCGCGUUAACGCCAACAACAACGGCCUCAAACCCUCAGACGCAGAGUUCGGAUCCGUGAGCAACGUCUACGCCGCCACUCGCAGGGAAGGGGAAGUCCAUGAGAGCCGGGCGACCUCCACCCCCAGCAACACCAAGGACUCCAAGGCCGUCACCAACAACACCGUCACCGCAACGAACGCCACCACUAACGCUACCCAGAAUCCUCCUGGGGCAGCAGCGGCGCCAUCGACGACGGGCGGAGGCGGAGGCGGUAAAAGCACGGAGGAGAUGCGGAAGCUGUUCAUCGACCGAGCCAAGAAGAUCGACACGGUGUCGCGGGCCGGCUUCCCUCUGGCCUUCCUCUUCUUCAACAUCUUCUACUGGGUCCUUUACAAGAUCCUGAGACACGAAGACUUCCACAGUCAGUAGAGGAGCGUUCACACCAGGACCCUGCACCUCCCGCCCUCUAAAGCCCCGGCCUGGACCAAAGGAAGGAGAACGACGUCAGGACGAGGAGGCUCCUCCUUCUCUUCAAAGUCACGAGAACAGACGUUCAAACUAAUCGACGAUGGGGAGUUCAGGUUCUCCGUCUGUGAUCUGCUGUAAAGAUCUGAGACUAUUUCUGCUCUGAUCACUGAUCACAAAGUCUUCAAAAUAUAUUUAUUUCUAUUCAUAGUGUGCUUCCAAUAAGAAGAAGUUAUAAUAAAAAACAAACAAACAUCACGUAGAGCAAAAAACUUUAUAAAAGCAGAACACAUACGGCCACUCUUCCCUCUGGAGUAACAUGAGUUUUUAAUAAGAUAUAUAUUUAAAAAAAAAGGUACAAAGCACCAACAAAAGAAAUAUUAUUUCCUGUAAUAUUAGAAACAAAAAACCUCCAGAACUUCACUGUACAAUGCACUAUUACAGAGGACACAGGCAAAACUAAAGCAAAUCAAAACAGGCCUUCAGCUUGGAUCUGAACGUCGUCACCAAACAUGUGACCUUGACUCAGCCUCGCCUCCGAGACCUCCCGCUUCUUCACUCACUUUAAGUUUCUACCUCCUUCAAAAUCUUAAACAAAACCAGCUGCAACCACCAACAGAUGCAUUUAUUUUAGUCUUAGCUGACACUUACUCAAAUGGCAACGUUCAGAGGAGGUUUCUGAGUCAUUCAGGGCGGAUCGUGUUUAACUUCACACCUCCGUAGCGAAGUGUUGAGGCGUGAAGUGUGGUUCGAUCUGAUAUGACGAGCCUAAAAUAAAUUCAGAGACAUGAACAUGUGGUUAGCCAAAACUGUCCUCAGCCUCUGAACAACAUUUGCAGUUCAUGUUUCACGUCUUUCAUUUUGAGUUAUUGCCACAGUUAAAUACUUCAGCGGGUCGAAAGUUAGCGUAUUGCCACUGCCGUAGAUAAAAGUUUUGGGGGGUCCCUAGGGAGGUCCUCUAACGUCAUGAAAAUUUAGCACAGUGCCACUGCUUUAGUUUAAAGUUUUUCAGAGCUGCCUCUUGAAGCUACUCGUCUGUGGUCAGCUGAGAAAGAGGUUAGAAACUCCCCUCAGUCUCUGAACAACACGUGUAUUUCGAUUUUCACCUCUUCUCAUUUUGAAGUAUUGUCACAUUUAAAUACUUUAACGGGUCAAAACUUUGCACGUUGCCACUUGUUGUAGUUUAAGGUUUGGGCCUCAGUCAGGACUCCUACUGUCACUAGCUGUGUUUCCAUUCCCCCCAAAAAUGCCUAAAACCUAAAUAUCACAACAAAAAACUGGCAAACCCCUCAAAUAUCUAAAGCUAAAACAUUUUUACUCUCUAGUGAGGUGGUUUUUCAGACGUAUUGAUAUGAGUGCAAUGGAAACACUUUUUUUUUCAUUUCCCGUCACCGGAAACGAUGCCAGGGGUCAUGUGACCAGUUCAUCUGAAGUCGAUCUUCCUCGAAGUGAAGUCAAUUUACGAGAGUUACAGCUCGUCCGCAAACACUUUUCAAUGGAAACACGUACAUUCGUAUUUCGCAAAAAAACUGAAAUGGAAACGCAGCUAAUGAAAAAUUAGCUCAUUGCCACAGUUUAAAGUAGUUUUUCAGCCCUUGGGGGCCCCCUACUGGCCUGGCGCCCCUCACAGCCUGACAGCUGCUCCUCUGGUCAUAGUCUUUUCUCUAAAAACAAAUGCCGUCCCUUUAAGAACAUCCCUCCCUUUUCCAACGAGAGAGCAGGAACGUGAAAACACUGUUUACAGACGCCGAGCUGAAACAGUUUUUGUCUUAGCGCUCCCACCUCACCCUCAGGAGUUCAGACUGGACAUAAAAAAGAGAAAAAGAACAGAUGGAAAUUCUUAAAACUCAGAGAAAUGAGCUGUUAAACAAAGACGGCUUUCAUUGUGUGUUUCAUUAUGUGAAGGAAAGGAAAUCCUUCCCCCAUGUGUCGGUGAUAAAGUUUUCACUGAUACUUUGGUCUUUUCUCUGAAUAUUUCUCUCUGUGUUCUGUCUGUUUUGUUGUGCUGGUGAUGAAAUGUCAAACCUCAGCGUUUAUUAUUAACGUGUUUCCCUUGGCUCCAGAUUCGACCUUCAGAUCUGUAUCUGUAGCAUGACGUUGUGUGUUUUCUCUCUUCAGCCACGAGUGCUUUAACUCCUCGAAAGAUUCCUGCAGCGUUGCAGGUUUCCAGGCUCGUAUAUGCCACUAGAAAAAAAAAGCGUCUUUAAACAUCCACAAACACCAAAGCAGUGGGAUCAUGCAGGACCCCUGCCAAGUGUUUCCUUUCGCACAGUUGGCCCCGACCCAGGAUCUGCAUGUAGCACUGAGUAGCAGCAGCCAGCUGGACUCUAACCUCACAUAUCCUCAGUUACUCUCUCUGGCCAGAUCAUUAGGUACACUAGUGAAAACAGCCCUGCUCUAAACUCCUCUAAACUCUUUGUGACAGUUUUUCAGUUUUUAAAGACAACACACCAGUAGACGGAUGAUUUAUUUUGGACAUCAGAGCAUAUCUGAGAAUAUCUUUUGAGCUACUUUUAACAUUUAGGAGGUUUUAUGUCUGUAAAUAGUUGUGGGGCCAUUGCUGUAUUUUAAAGUUUGUCCUGAUCCAGAGGGGGUUUAAAAAAAAAAAAAAAAAAAAAAAGGCAACUGUUAGAUUUUGAGCAGACGUUUCAUCUGAGCAGCUUCUUCGGUUCUAAGCGACUGGUGGGAAGUUGAGGUUUGAAUAGGGAACUCUGCGGGUAAAACCAUCAGACACAGUUCAGUUCAUUUCAAACCCGGUGAAACACUUAGACAAACUGGUCCACCCCAAACACAAAAGACCCAGGUGGAAACAGAGUAAUGUAGCUUACGCUGUUUAGUGCAGUGAGGAAGGAGUUUUAAUCUGCCACUGAUGUACAACACAGUACUUCUGUUUCCAAGAAGUUUCAAACCGAUUCACUCGUUGAGCCUCUCACAAUGGCUUCUUUAGAGCACCAUUCAAAGGUAAAGUGGUUUGCCACACAUAACGACAGGUUAGUAUCCAGCCGUUACUGGAUUAGUGGCACCAGUUUCUGUGUUUUACAGAAACAAGUCAAACAAGUUUCUGAUGGGUUUCAACCACAGAGUUCAGUAUUUAAACCUCCACUUCCCACAAGUCUCUCAGAACUGAAACUACUCGGAUGAAACGUCUUCAAGAAACGCUGCAGGUCCAGUUUCCUUUUUAAAAAACACCUUUUGGAUAAAAACCAUGACCUGGAUGACUGAGAACCUUCACAGACGUUUCUCCUGAUGAAUAUUGUUUAGGAGUCAGAACUCUAGUGAACGAUUUCUUUGGAACCUGUUUAUCAGCUUUUAGUUUUGCCCAAAUGAUGAAUCCAACAGGUUUUAUUUUGAAAGUCUCACCAGAAAUAUAGCUAUGCAUUGCCUUCCCGCAGACCACAAGGUGGUCCACUUGGUAGUAGUAUGUUUCCUAUUUAUGGCUACUUCUUCGUCUCCACAAUUUUGAAAUUGAUUAUUUUGAUUCGAAGGUUAUGGCGUGUGUGUCCCGCAGUAACCUAAAAGCGAUUUAUAAUCUGACAUAUACAUCGUCCCUGCUGUUGGCCUCUGGUAGGUAAUGCCUCCUAAAACAACAGCCGAGCAGUAAAUCUCAUCUUGGAGUUCCGCAAGGCUCUAGUUAAGUUCCUCUUAAAUUUAUAUUAUAUCUUAUAGAUUUUGGCUGUUUUUUGUCAGUUCCUUCCUUAAACCAAAUAUGUAUAGUUUUUACACAGUUUACAACAAACCAACAACCUACAUACACUCACGGGCCAAAACAUUAGGUACACUAGUGAAAGCAGUCUAGUAGUAAAUCUAGUCUUCAUGAACUUCCUGGGAUUCAGAAGUAGUUUAUAAUUGGGAUGUUGGUUCAGUUGUGUUUUAAAGUCUCUGAGUUGAAUUUUUAAAGCAGCCCGUUCUCUAAUACAUAUAAUAAAUAACUGAUGAUGCUGUGAAGUGUUUGAAGGCUGAAACACUGAAAAUAUACAAGAUUUCAGUUCCACAAGGCUCUAUUUAAGUUCCUCUUGUUUUUACUUUUAGAGAGAUCUCACUAUAUUUUCCUUCCUUCAACCAAAGCCUUGUGUAUUACUUACACGUUUUAAGACAAAUUGACAACCUAUAUACACUCACUGGUCAGAUCAUUAGGUACGGUAAUGAAUGCAUUUCAAUAUAAAAGUCCCGCUCCAAAUAGUCUUCAUUAAGGUUCUGGUAUUCAGGAGCAGCUAAUAGCUGAGAGAGAUGUUGAUUCAGCCGUGUUUUCAUUGUGGAGGCUGUUGUUUGUUGAGUUAUUGAACUGUAGCUUGUCCCAACAUGUGUAUCAGUCAGUCCAGACUUCACUAGUGUACCUAAUUAACUGGCAUGGCAGGAUGUGAGAAGCCAAAUUUACAGUAAGUUAGUUGAGAAAACAUCAUUAAGUGCAUAUUUUUCUCUUGCCAAACUUCCUCAAAGAAGUUUCACUUCUCUAAAUCCUGCUUUUUAUAAUCUAGUUCUCUAAAGUGAAAGAAAUCUUCAUUGAUGUCUUUCAGAAACUGUUUCCUGGAAGGAUUUAGUCACGCCAGUGAUUCCUAUAAGGUUUUCAGAGCGUUGUGGUGUCCUCAUCCAAGCAGCCAGAUCUGUCCAGAAGUUUAAUUCAUGUACAAGAAAUUCUGUUCCUUUUUUAGUAUUAUUUUUUUUUUGAAGCACUACCACUGCACUUAAACCUCUCAUGAGCUACAAAGUUCCUCUUUACAGCAGUCACUGUUUUGUGUUGCCUGGCCAGCAAAUUCUGUUUGUGACUUUUUCUACUGUGAGCGAACACACUGCUGUGUAUUUGGAAUUAUGACAGUUUGUCCAUAAAACAAGUGUUUUGGGAAUCUAUCGCCACUCGCAUAUUGAAUUUAUUUUAAUGAAGUUUAUCGGGCAGAUUUGAAAAGCAUGUACUUAUAACGGUAAUGUCACAGAGGCCUGUAGGGUCAGAUGUCACAUCAACAUCCAAAUCAUUAGUCUCCAGGUUAAAGGUCCUUCCUUCCUUCCUUCCUAAAUCUGGAUCAUCAUCUCCAAGUCAACAUCCAUGUGUUCUUGGUUCUGGUCCAGUGGGUAGGUAGAGAUCCAUCAGACAGCAGCUGAUACAAUAUUCUACUGACCACAUGGUGGCGCUGCUUCUGAUUUACACACAGACUGAGAUCAGAUCUUUAGUUCUGGCUGGGGACGCAUGAAGAGACACAUUUUAAUUAACACACAGGGACUUAAGGAGCCUGAACUUAAAGUAAGACCAGAUGUUAAUGUGAGGACGAUGCGUUGACAUCCUGAUGACGGGAAACUCUACUCUGUUUCUGUUUUAACUCAACGACGAUUCAUUCUGUAGGAAAAGAUUUGACGUGUAUCGCUUGGAAAACUUUCCGUCUUCAGUAAGAUGCUGAACCCUGAUCAUUUUGUUUUUAUGUGCAGGUUUUCUCAGACCAAAGCUGCAGCACUUCUUUCACCAGGUUUUCAUUUCAGAUUUUCAACAAACUGCAUGUAAAAAAAUAAACAAAAAAAUUGCGGUUAAACUCUGCUGCUGUGGAGAAGACGUCGUUAAACUGUGAAAAUUACUAGUCAGAGUUCACUGAGCCGUACAUUGACAAUUAUUUUGUUUUGUAGCUACACACCUUAACCACAUCAGUUGAGUCAUUGUACACAGUGCUCUGUUUGCAGUCUUUUUGUAAAACAAGAUGUGCAUAUUUUACAUUAUCUAAUUAAAAUUUCUUGAUUUAAAAUAAACAUUGACACCACGUCUUAAA